CUCUUUUCUUCUUUCCUUCUGCUUCAGCAGUCAUGGCAGAAGCUCCUUACAAAGAUGCAAGUCUUCCAAUAGAGGCACGAGUGUCUGAUCUCCUCUCUCGAAUGACGAUACAGGAGAAGAUCGGACAAAUGGCCCAAAUAGACCGUUCUGUCGCCUCCCCAGAAGUUAUCAGAGACCUUGGAAUAGGGAGUGUGUUAAACGGUGGUGAGAGCGCUCCAGCGCCGGGCGCGACACCUACGAUGUGGGCGGACAUGAUCGAUGGGUUCCAGGAGGUGGCGAUGUCGACGAGGCUAGGAAUUCCCAUCUUUUAUGGCACUGAUGCUGUCCAUGGCCACAAUAACAUUGUCGGCGCCACUAUCUUCCCCCAUAAUAUUGGCCUUGGAGCUGCAAGGGACGAGGAUUUAAUGGUGCGGAUUGGAAGGGCGACUGCCUUGGAGAUUUUGGCCACGGGGGUCCCAUUCCCUUUUUCUCCUUGCAUUGCGGUUUCUAGGGAUCCAAGGUGGGGUCGGUGUUAUGAGAGUUACAGCGAGGACACAGAGACUGUGAGGAGCAUGGCCAAAAUCAUACUAGGACUCCAGGGAUUCCCUCCUACCGAUCACACCUCGGGUUAUCCGUUUGUUGCUGAAGGGGGAAGGUAUGUAAUGGGGUGUGCAAAGCACUACACAGGGGAUGGAGGGACUGAAGAAGGGGUGGACGAACACAACACUGUGGCCUCCUACGAGGACCUCUACCGCAUACACAUGCUGCCUUACAUAGACGCCAUGGCCAUGGGUGUGUCGUCAGUGAUGGUCUCUUUCUCCAGCUGGAACGGCGUCAAGAUGCAUGCCCACCGCUUCCUCCUCACUGAAAUCCUCAAACAAGAGAUGUCAUUCCAGGGUAUGCUUAUAACUGACUGGGAAGGGGUAGAUAGGAUAACAGAUCCUCCUGGUUUGAACUAUACGGAUUGUUUGAAGGCAGUAAUCAAUGCUGGGAUGGACAUGAUCAUGAUUCCAUUCAAGUACGAGAGGUUUUUUACAGCAAUGAACUAUCUCAUAUCAUCAGAUCAGAUUCUGAUCAGCAGGAUUGACGAUGCCGUGACAAGGAUUCUAAGGGUGAAGUUUAUAUCGGGGCUCUUUGAGAGGCCCAUGGCAGAUAGGUCCCUCUUUGACAUGUUUGGCCACAAGAAACAUAAAGAACUGGCUAGGGAAGCAGUAAGAAAGAGCCUGGUGUUGCUGAAGAACGGGAAGGGGGAUGAGAAGAUGCUUCCCUUGAACAAGAACGCCCCAAAGAUUCUGGUGGCUGGGUCUCAUGCCCACAACAUUGGCUACCAAUGUGGGGGUUGGACUAUAACAUGGCAAGGCAGUUCAGGGAACACCACUGAAGGAACAACAAUUCUAGAAGGGAUAAAGAAGGCAGUCAGCAAGCAAACCCAGGUGGUGUUUGAAGAAAGCCCUGAUGAGAAAUUCCUAAGAGAGAACAGUGAUUUCUCAUAUGCAAUUGUAGUUGUAGGUGAGCUUCCUUAUGCAGAAUUCCUUGGAGACAGCAAGGAACUAAGGCUGGCAGUCGAUGGGGAAGAGACGAUCAAGACUGUAUGCAGCAAGGUAAAAUGUCUAGUCAUCAUUGUAUCUGGCCGGCCUGUAGUGAUAGAACCUUAUGUGGACAUGAUGGAGGCAUUAGUAGCAGCUUGGCUUCCUGGAAGUGAAGCUGGAAAUGGAAUUGCUGAGGUUAUAUUUGGGGACUUCGAUUUUCAUGGUAAGCUUUCAAGGACAUGGUUCCGUCGGGUUGACCAGCUGCCAAUGAAUUUUGGGGAUCCACAUUAUGAUCCAUUGUACCCUUUUGGUUUUGGCCUUCAAAUGAAUAUCUCCUCACUAUGAAGUGGUAAUGUCAUUUCUUCUU